AUGCCUCAGUCUAUUGUUUUUGACAAUCGAUCACAGUUUGAAACACUCAAGCUCCGUGAAUGGCUGGCCGAUCAGGGUAUUAAAGCUCACUUUGUUGCAGUUGCUCAUCCUCAAGCAAAUGGGAAAGUCGAAGCCUUCAACAAGAUCUUAUCGGCAGGAAUUAAAAAGAAGUUAGACAAUGCCAAAGGAUUGUUGGUAGAAGAGUUACAGUUGAUUCUCUGGUCGAUCAGAACAACGGCCAAAAACUCAACUGGAGAAACUCCAUUUAUGCUUGUCUAUGGCUCAGAGGCCGUCCUUCCCAUUGAAAUUGAAGAGCCAACUUUGCGAGUCAUGCUGUAUUCAGAGGAUGCCAAUUGGGCUGCUCUCCGGACGGCCUUAGAUCAAGUUCCUGAAAUAAGGGGCAAUGCUCUAUUGAGGAUGCAACUCUAUAAAUUAAGAAUGGCUCGAGAAUUUAACAAGAGAGUGUUUUCUAAAGGUACAUAUCAUUGGCCAAGCCAGUAUUUCAAGAAGAACGGCAAAUAA